GGUGGGUGAUAGAUAGAUCCAAAUGGGUGCCAUAACAGCAGCUAUCGGAGACGCAGUGCUUACAUUCCUGUGGGUGUUCAGCGCAUCCUCUCUAGGGGCACUGACUACGGUAAUAGCCACUGUCCUCGGGGUUCAAGGAUUGGUCUGGCCUUCUCUCUUCAUCACCACGGUGCUUUUAUUUCUUCUAGUGUUUGUUUUCACCUUGAUCGGCGAUGCCCUGGGUGGGGCCAGCUUCAACCCUGCGGGCACUGCCUCAUUUUAUGCCGCCGGCUUGGGUUCUGACACCCUCUUCUCUAUGGCUCUACGAUUCCCUGCUCAGGCAGCUGGUGCUGUGGGUGGCACUUUGGCAAUCAUGGAGGUGAUGCCAAAGCAGUACAAGCACAUUCUUGGUGGGCCUUCUCUCAAAGUUGACUUGCUUACUGGAGCCAUUGCCGAGGGCUUGUUGACUUUCCUCAUAAGCUUUGCUGUCCUUUUAAUUAUCCUCAGGGGUCCUCGUAGCGUGAUAGUGAAGACAUGGUUGCUUGCCGUGGCAACUGUAUUGUUAAUCGUUGUGGGUUCUAACUACACCGGACCUUCCAUGAAUCCUGCCAAUGUGAGUACAUCAUGACUUUUAUAUUACAUUCUGACAGUCAAUUUUUCAUUAUUUUCUCUAAAAGAAUUUUAUAUUACUGGAUGCCCUUCUUUAGACUGUGUGAUUGAUAUACUUGACAACUUUGCACGUAUUUUUUCCCACUUUUUCCAAUUGUUUUACAUA